AUGAGGAAUCUAAAGCUUGCACUGUUCGUCUUGGUCGGCAUGGUGGUUGCCUCUACGAAUGAAGUGGCCGACGUCGCCAAUGACAUACUGCAUGGUUACCAAGAUGAAGAUGACUCGGACUACUCGCCGGACGACGAUAAGGACAAGGACUACGACCAGAGGCUUAAGCGGAUUGGCAAUGUCGUCGCCUCAGAACCACAUGUUAAGCCAGACGACCAGGUUCCCCGCGACGGUUCCCCAGACGAUAUACCUGAGCAGAAACACCAGGACGGUGAAACAAAUAGUACCGAAGACCCGGCAGCGGAUGACAACGAAGAAGUCGACUUCGGAGCCCGAGGCGGACUCCAGGACGCAGACAGCGGAGGCGGCAGCCAAUCCCCAGCCAGCCAAUCCCAGACAUCGCUGAGCUCCCUUCUUGGCGUCUUGAAUCCCAUGGAAGCUAAAUCUGCGUUGAACGAUUUCUGGAGCGAGAUUCAAGGUCAAACACGUGAAUUCACCCGGAACAUAACGCCGUCCAUGCAAACAUUUGCAAGGAGGAUGCAGGCGGCUGGAUUCCCGGCUCCGCUGGUGCACGGCUUCCGGGAAAUUGAAAUCCCGGCCGGCUCUUUCCUCCCGCCCUUCGUUCCGGACAUUCCUAUCGCUGGUCCACUCAACCCAGCCACUUGGUCACAGGAGCAGAUCAACGCCAUACUGAAUCCCCAGCUGUUGAACUUAAUGAACCCAAACACUGCUGCCAACACAAUCGCCGCGCUGCUAGGCUGA